AUUCCAUAUUCUAGGGGGGUUAGCGAAAGUUUUGACAAAUAUCCACCUAUAUAAACUGUGGGCUAGUAUCUGACUGUAUCCAGUCGAUUCCUUACUCAACCAGAGGCAUUAUGAAGACGAUCUGCUUAGUUUUCCUGCUGGUAGCCGCAGCGGCUGCCAGCCAGAAGAAGACGACAGAGAAGAAGGCCGAGCCUUUGGAGAAGAAGCUGGACAAACGCGGUCUCCUUAACCUCGGCUAUGGCUACGGUAUCAGCGGCCUAGAUCUCGGCUACAUCGGCUCCGGCUCUGUCGGAGGAGCCUACAAUGUCAUCGAUGAAAGCCCCGUUGCAGCCUAUUCAGGAUACGGUGCCAUCAACCUAGGUGAACACCACGACGUCACCAGGACCGUCACCCUCGUCAAGGGAGUCCCCGUCCCCUACCCCGUCGAUAGACACGUCCCCUACCCCGUCGAACGCCCCGUGCCGUACCCCGUCAAGGUCCCCGUGCCACAGCCCUACGAGGUCGUCAAACACGUGCCAUAUCCCGUGAAGGAGAUCGUCAAAGUCCCCGUCCACGUACCUGCUCCAUACCCAGUUGAGAAGAAGGUGCCUUACCCCGUCCACGUGCCCGUCGACAGGCCCUACCCCGUCAAGGUACUCGUGCCCCAGCCUUACCCCGUCGAGAAACACGUGCCUUACCCCGUGAAGGUUCCAGUGCCCCAACCCUACCCCGUGGAGAAACACGUGCCAUACCCCGUCGAAGUUAAAGUACCAGUUCCUCAGCCAUACCCCGUCGUCAAGCACGUCGGAGUUCCCGUCAAGGUCCCCGUCGACAGGCCCUACCCAGUCCAUGUGCCAGCUCCCUACCCAGUUGAGAAGCCAGUUCCCUACGCCGUGCCAGUCGAGAAGCCCGUGGCCGUCCCAGUGCAUGUCCCAGUAGACAGGCCCUACGCCGUCCCAGUUGAGAAGCCCGUGGCCGUCCCCGUGAAGGUCCCAGUCCCAGAGCCUUACCCAGUCUAUAAACACGUGCCCUAUGCGGUCGAGAGGCCCUAUGCCGUUCCCGUCAAGGUCCCAGUGGACAGACCCGUGCCCGUCGCCGUCGAGAGGCCCGUCGCUUACGAAGUGGAAAGGCCGGUGCCAGUCCCAGUUAAGGUCCCAGUCGUCGUGGGCUCCUACGGACACGGCCAGGGAUACAGCUCAGAACUCACCCUUGGAGGCAACUACUACAGCCAUUAGAAUAAUAUUAGGAUAGUCACAGAGUGUUCAUCCACCAAAAAUCAGGGAGCACUACCACCUCGCCUUUGGGCCGGGACACAAGCAACAGAACAUAAUUUUUGUAUAUUUAUAUAAAAAAAUCAUGUCAUGUAAGUAUGAGCGUACGUGUACGUAGUGAUAUAAAAGGUUACCUUAGAUUAAGUCGAAUGUAAAAACUAAAAGACAUGAAAAUAAAAAAAAAUCGAAAAGA